GCUGGGAAGACGCCGGCGCUGGAGAGUGCGCUGCACCGCUGGCCGCUGAGGGACAGAGCGGGCCGCAGCUGCUGGUCGCUUCCAGCCUUAGCCGAGAGGUGUGGAAAUUAAAACAACACAAAUACUUUCACUGGGACUUUGAUCAAGCAAAUGCUAACAAGCCACAUAAAGAAGAUUCCUAGCAAUCAUUUCUCAAUAAUUAUAUAGUCAACUGAUGUAACAAUGGUACUAAUAUUGGGCCGAAGACUAAACAGAGAGGAUCUUGGGGUGCGUGAUUCUCCAGCAACUAAGCGAAAAGUUUUUGAAAUGGACCCUAAAUCUCUGGCAGCUCAUGAGUUUUUUGAAUUCUCUUCAGAAUCAUCCCAUGCUGAAAACAUACUCCAGAUAUUUAAUGAAUUCCGAGAUAGCCGCUUAUUCACAGAUGUUAUCAUUUGUGUGGAAGGAAAAGAAUUUCCUUGCCAUAGAGCUGUUCUCUCAGCCUGCAGUAGCUACUUCAGAGCAAUGUUUUGUAAUGACCACAGAGAAAGCCGAGAAAUGUUAGUGGAGAUCAAUGGUAUUUUAGCUGAAGCUAUGGAAUGUUUCUUGCAGUAUGUUUAUACAGGAAAGGUGAAGAUCACCACAGAGAAUGUGCAGUAUCUUUUUGAGACAUCAAGCCUCUUUCAGAUCAGUGUUCUCCGUGAUGUGUGUGCCAAGUUUUUGGAGGAGCAACUUGAUCCUUGUAAUUGCUUAGGAAUCCAGCGCUUUGCUGACACCCAUUCACUCAAGACACUGUUCACAAAAUGCAAGAAUUUUGCAUUACAGACUUUUGAGGAUGUGUCCCAGCAUGAAGAAUUUCUUGAGCUUGACAAAGAUGAACUUAUUGAUUAUAUUUGUAGCGAUGAACUUGUUAUUGGCAAAGAAGAAAUGGUUUUUGAAGCCGUCAUGCGUUGGGUAUAUCAUGCUGUCGAUCUGAGAAGACCACUAUUGCAUGAGCUCCUGACACAUGUGAGACUCCCUCUGUUACAUCCCAACUACUUCGUUCAAACAGUUGAGGUGGACCAAUUGAUCCAGAAUUCUCCUGAAUGUUACCAGUUAUUGCAUGAAGCAAGACGGUACCACAUACUUGGAAAUGAAAUGAUGUCCCCACGCACUAGACCACGAAGGUCAACUGGCUAUUCUGAGGUGAUAGUUGUGGUCGGAGGCUGUGAACGAGUUGGAGGGUUUAACCUUCCAUACACUGAGUGCUAUGAUCCUGUCACAGGAGAAUGGAAGUCUUUGGCUAAGCUUCCAGAAUUUACCAAAUCAGAAUAUGCAGUCUGUGCCCUAAGGAAUGACAUUCUUGUUUCAGGUGGAAGAAUCAAUGGCCGUGAUGUCUGGAUUUAUAACUCACAGUUAAAUAUUUGGAUAAGAGUUGCAUCUCUAAAUAAAGGCAGGUGGCGUCACAAAAUGGCUGUCCUUCUUGGUAAAGUAUAUGUUGUCGGAGGCUAUGAUGGGCAAAACAGACUUAGCAGUGUAGAAUGUUAUGACUCCUUUUCAAACCGAUGGACUGAAGUUGCUCCCCUUAAGGAGGCAGUGAGUUCUCCUGCUGUGACUAGCUGUGUAGGCAAAUUGUUUGUGAUCGGUGGAGGACCUGAUGAUAAUACUUGUUCUGAUAAGGUUCAAUCUUACGAUCCAGAAACCAAUUCUUGGCUACUUCGUGCAGCUAUACCAAUUGCCAAGAGAUGUAUUACAGCUGUAUCCUUAAACAACCUGAUCUAUGUUGCCGGUGGACUGACCAAGGCAAUAUACUGUUAUGAUCCAGUGGAAGAUUACUGGAUGCAUGUACAGAAUACAUUCAGUCGACAGGAGAACUGUGGUAUGUCUGUGUGCAAUGGUAAAAUAUAUAUCCUGGGUGGACGACGGGAAAAUGGAGAUGCAACAGACACUAUUCUCUGUUACGAUCCCGCAACAAGUAUCAUCACGGGGGUAGCUGCAAUGCCCAGGCCAGUGUCCUAUCAUGGCUGUGUGACUAUUCAUAGAUACAAUGAGAAAUUCUUUAAGCUCUAAAACCAGGAUACCUCACCCAAGAAGCCACACCAAUCCAAGAUGGAAAGGUUUUUGAAACUCCAGAGUGGGAACUUGACAUAUCUCCUUUGUGCUAUAUGCACACACAAAAAAUAUAAUAAUUGUGGUGCCUUUCUCCCCAAAAUAGCAAUCUUUCAAAUCAUAAUAAAGCCUUAUUGUAUUUGAAAAAUAUUUUGCUCACUGAAGGUAAUGGUGGUUGUUACUUGGGCUCUGAGAGUUUACCUUUGUAAGUAUUUGUGAAAAACCUGUAUGGAAUAGGACGUAAUGGCUGCCUGCAUACCUUUUAGGAAUAUGUGGAUGGUUUCUUAUAUAUGUAUGUGUAUGUCUAUAAAACUGUAUAGUCCUUAUUUUCUCAUAAGUAGAUAGAAACUUUCAUGACUUAAAGUUUCAUUUAGGUUGAAUCUUAGCGUAGGAUGCAUCCUAAAAUGAAAAAUUAGUUUAAAAGAUAAUUAUUGUUAAAAAUAUGUACAAAUUGAUUAAUUUUAUUGAAGGUUGUUUCUAUAAUUGAUAAAAUUUACAUGGCAACAACUUGAAUAUCAUAAAAUACUGAAUUUUUAUGACUUAUUUGUGUUGCUGUUUUUCAUUAAACAUUUUUUGAAGGAGAUUGGAUAGGAGAUAUAAAAAGCAAGUGCCCUUGAAAUGAGGAUUAAAUUUUUAGGUUAGUUCCUAAGAAAAAACUAUCUAAGACCUUUGAAGGAAAAAUGACCCGUUGUGGCUCUCAAGGUAUUUAUGUAUCAUCUCUAAAUUGUAUAGGGAAGCUCCUUGUCUUAAACAUACCUAAAUCCAUUUUGCAAUAUUAUCUUAUGAAAAGCAGGGACAGAUUUUCUCCCUAGCCCAACAGGGUUUGAUCUCAUUAAUAUAGUGCUUUGGGUGAGGAUCUUUUUCCUGGUUAUCCUGUUUUCUUGUGAGCUGAAAAUUCUGGGAGUCUAGUCUAAAGAGAGGAUAAAAGCAGGGACCACAUAUCUCUGGGUCCAUUUUUCUUUUAAAAUGAAAUGGCUAUCUAAAAAGAAAAAACUCAACAGCAGUCGUUACGAUCUUCUAAGAUAAAUCUCUCAUUUGGUAUCCAUUGUGUAAGUUACUGAUCAUUAUUCCCAAGUUUCUGUACAGCGAAUUACCUUUUUCUAGAUUUUUCAGUUCCAGUUUAUAAAGUUUAUUAGUUUUCAGAGAAUAAUGUAAAAAUUCUUUUUAAGGCACAUGAGAUGACAGAAACUACAGCAUACGUGAUUAUUGUUCUUCCUGGGUGGGCAAAUAUAAUUCACAACAUUUUAAGGAUGUUCUAGGUAGCCUACAUUUCCAUUUCCCAGGCAAUGUUGUUGUCUCACAUUAUAAUUGUAUAUUCCUUGUCAUAAUAGAGAUGAUGCAGAUAUUUGAUGAUAGUAUAACCAGGUUUCUAUUAAAACCAAGGUAAUUGAACAGAAGACCUAACAGUGAAUUUCUUUUUGUUCUCACCAUAGAGUGAUACAGAGAUUUUUAAGUAAAACAUAUGGAAUCAAUUUUAAUGUUUAUGUGGAAUAUAAAUGCUGAGAACUUUGAAAAUCUUACAAAUUUUUAGGAAAUUUUUAUUUUUGAAAU